CCAACUCAAGCAACGGCUGCCCAUCACCCCAAAACCAGGUUUUGGGUUAAAAAAUCUUCCCCGCCUUUUUCCAGGAGAAGACGACCCAGUCUUGAAGUGGAUGAAAAGGAGGACGAGCCUGACACCCCGAGGUGGUGUAUGACAAAAAUGGCCUCAUAUGUGCCAGUUGCAAUUCAAGAUGAAAAUUUGCACAUACAUAAAGGAAAGGCUGUUGCUGGGGGCAAAAGUGACGUGCGUGAUGUUCAGAAGAAAGGACUUAAAUCUCGAAAAGCUUUGGCAGAUCUUUCAAAGCCUGGAAAGACAUCUUUCACAGGUCCAAAAGUUCCUGCCUUGAAGCAAAAGUCUGCUGUGCCAGUUAAGAACAGCAACGGUGCCCCAAAGAAUGGUCAACUUACUGAAGAAGAGAUAAAGCAAUGCAAUGAAUGGGCCAAGGAAGGGAUUGAGCACAUCCAUUUUUCAGGGAGUGACAUGCAUAAAUUUGAAAAGGAAACGAGAGAAUGCAAUGUCGAGAGAGAAGUGAACGAAAUCAUGACUGGCUUCCACAACUGGAUUCAAAUAUCCCACGUGCAGAUAAGCUUAGGUCAGAUGGAGCAGGAUGUUGAAAGAUAUGACAAAGACAACUUGGAGUUUGAGCAAACACCUGAGCGUUUAUGGUCCCCAAGAGAACAGCCAGAACAUGACGUUUCAUCAUUUUUGAGAGGUGAUGAAGAUCCAAGCAAUUCUUUCAUGGAUGACAAGCAGUACUGCAUACCAGAGUUCAAGUUAAAGAGGCAAUAUGAAGUAGAAACUGCAUGAUCUGAAUAACAUGCAUUUAGUUCUUUUAACCAUUGCCUCAAUUGGAGUGUUGUAUCAACCGCGCCAUGGGGUUUUCACUUUCAACGGAGCAACUUCAAUGAAUGCAUUGUGGGCGUGACUAGGUUGCGGGAGUCGAAAUCACCACUGCAAUGUCGAAGAUUAUGGCAAUCUUAGGAGCAAUAUUUACAGAACCGUGUCAUAUCUUGUGGAUCGUCAUCACAACAAUACCUCGUCCUGGCUUUAUGAAUACAAAAUUUUAUGAAUAUGUUGGCGUGAAAUCGUGAUACAUGCUUCAAAUUUGAAGUGCCAUAAGUUUGUAGAAACUUCGAUAUUGUUUUUCUAUCCAUAAGUUGGUGGAGACACAGUCAAUUAGGAAUAUUUAGUACUUUUAAUCCAAAACCGAUUAGUUCAAGAAAACUUUGUGUGUGUUCAUAAAUGGACGU